GUUCGUGAGAUCACAAGCUAGCAAGAUGGAUACCAGUCCUAUAUUCAACUGUGCGGUCAGGGUUAAAGAUGAACCUAUAGAUGUAUCGCUCAUUGAAAAUAAUUGUAAUAUCAUUGACAAGAUACUCGAUACCCAAAAUAGUCAGUUUCCAAGAUUUUCGCGAGAAAAUUCAUUUAACUUCGUUACAGGCUCGUAUGACUCACGAAAAUCAUGAAAAUUACGUAUUCGCGGACAAUGACUUGGCAAUAGAACUCGAAUGCCAAGACGUAAAGCCCGGCAUGAAUUUAUUAGUAGUUAAGAAAAUCGAAGACGACGAUUCAAGUCAGUUGCAAGAUAUGAAUUAUAGCAAUUAUUAUCAAACUCAAAAGAAAAUUAAAACAGAAGCUGUGGACGAAGUAAAAAAGGAAUUGAAUUUAAAUUAUGAACUCAGCAAUGAACGUAAAAAAACAUGUACUCCAAGAAGUUAUCUGAAUCGUCACCUACGAUCAUCGCACCAAGGUAUCACUCACACAUGUGAUACAUGCGGAAAGACAUACAAUCAUAAGAGUGCUCUCAAUAGGCACAUACAAUCAUCGCACCAAGGUAUCACCCACACAUGUGAUACAUGCGGAAAGACAUACAAUCAAAAGUGUCAUCUCAAUAGGCACGUACGAUCAUCGCACCAAGGUAUCACCCACACGUGUGAUACAUGCGGCACGACGUUUACUCUAAAAGCUGCUCUUGAAAGGCACGUAAAAUCAUUGCACCAAGGUAUCACCUACAACUGCGAUGCAUGCGGAAAGAAAUUUUCACAAAAAAACACUCUCCGAAUUCAUAUGGAUGCAGUACAUAAUAAAAUCACCCAUCCUUGCAGUAUAUGUGGAAAGAAAUUCUCAGAUAAGAGAUAUAUCACAAGGCAUAUCGAUUCGGUGCACCAAGGUAUCACCCACACGUGUGAUACAUGCGGUACGACGUUUACUCGAAAAGCUGAUCUUAAAAGUCACGUAAAAUCAUUGCACCAAGGUAUCACCUACACCUGCGAUGCAUGCGGAAAGAAAUUUUCACAUAAAAAAAAUCUCCGAACCCAUAUGGAUGCAGUACAUAAUAAAAUCACCCAUCCUUGCAGUAUUUGUGGAAAGAAAUUCUCAGAUAAGAGUAAUGUCAGAAGGCACGUACAAUCAUCGCACCAAGGUAUCACCUACAACUGCGAUGCAUGCGGAAAGAAAUUUUCACAAAAAAACACUCUCCGAAUUCAUAUGGAUGCAGUACAUAAUAAAAUCACCCAUCCUUGCAGUAUAUGUGGAAAGAAAUUCUCAGAUAAGAGAUAUAUCACAAGGCAUAUCGAUUCAGUGCACCAAGGUAUCACCCACACGUGUGAUACAUGCGGUACGACGUUUACUCGAAAAGCUGAUCUUAAAAGGCACGUAAAAUCAUUGCACCAAGGUAUCACCUACACCUGCGAUGCAUGCGGAAAAAAAUUUUCACAUAAAAAAAAUCUCCGAACCCAUAUGGAUGCAGUACAUAAUAAAAUCACCCAUCCUUGCAGUAUUUGUGGAAAGAAAUUCUCAGAUAAGAGUAAUGUCAGAAGGCACGUACGAUCAUCGCAUGAAGGUAUCACCCACCCAUGUGAUACCUACGGAAAGACAUAUAAUCAAAAGGGUAGUCUCGAUAGUCACAUACGAUCAUCGCACUAAGGUAUCAUCUAAAUAUGUGAUACACGUGGAAAGACGUUUAAUUAUAAGGAUAGUCUUAAAAAGCAUACCAACUCGGUACAUAAUGAUAUCACUCAUACAUGCGAUGUUUGCGGAAAGGUAUUUUUACAUCGCGACAAUCUUCAUAAACACCGUAAAUCGUCGCACAAUCGUAAUGCUUAAGUAUAUAAUAAAUUAUAUUAAUGCAAACAUAAGGUAUACAUAUUCAAACGAAAGAGUCAUCUUGAAUCUAAUCUAAAAAUGUUCAUUGACAAUGAUAUCUCGAGUUCCUUCAAUUUUUACGGUAUCUCGUUAUUCUGCAAACAAGGUAUAAGUUUAGAAAUUAAUUUUUUUAAAAAUGUAAUAUAUUGUUCACUUUAAAUCGAUCUAAAUUUUAUUGAUCUAAAUAGCACAGUAAAUAUUGAUAUCCAAACUUACUGAGCUACAGUGUUGACAAUUUACCAGAAAAAUUAUAAUUUAUUGAUGAAUGACAUUGAAACGCAACUAAUCACAAAUCUAUCAGAAUUUCUUAAAACUUUUUUUACACUAUUUAGCCCAUCAAUUUGUCAUAUGAAAAUAUCUGAUUUCAUAAUCCAUUAAUUAAUUUGUAAUUCUAAUUUAGCACGUGAGUUAAGAAAUAAACUAUUAGCUACAAUUAUAAUUCGGUGUGUAUGAUCUGAUAUUUGUAAAAAGGCUAAGUCAUACAAUCUACAUGAAUUCAUUGUAACACAA